UAAGAAUCUGAUUAAGUAGGUUUAUAUCAAAAUUAAAGUUUCUUGGCAAAGUUAAAUCAUGUCAAUAAAACAAGAAAUAGAUUUAACAAUCAAAGUUGAAGAGUUUGGCCGGAAAGAUCCAACUUCGUUUUUACCAGAUGAACCAAUGUCGUAUGAAAUUAAAACGAAGAAGAAGAAAAGGAAAAAAAAGAAGCAAGACCAGGACCCUUUCAAAGAUGUAGACGAGAAAUCUCCAGCAGUAACGGAUAUAGAAAAUUCUGUCCAAGUAACGCUGGAUCCUGAAGUAUCUAUAAAAGUUGAAAAUAUAGAAGUAGAAUUAGAUUUUAAUGAUUUCGCCAACAACAGUGGCCUCAUGGUGGAGGGUCCAAACAGUGAAGACAGUCAAGAGCAAGCCGUCAAAAUAGAAAAUGAUAACAAAGAAGCGGUCCUCUUGACGUUCGAGAGCAUCAUCAGCAAACAAACCGAUUUCAGUCUCAAACAAGAAGUUCCCGCUAUAUCCCAAGAGGCGCACGUCUGCAAAUUGUGCCAUCUAGUCUUUCAGUCUACAAAAACUUUAGAAAUGCACCAGAAAAGGAAGCACCAGUCAUUCAGAGAAUCAUUCCAACAUGUCUGCGAUUAUUGUGGCAUGUCUUACGAGAUGAAAAACAGUCUAGUAGUUCACAUUAAGAGGAAACAUGGACCUGGAACCAAUCCAGACGACAAUGAAGAGAAAGCGUGCGAUAUUUGCGCUCUAGUCUUUAAGGGAAACACAAGGUUGAGAAUGCACAUGAGAAGAAAACACGGAUCAUUCGCGGACUCUUUCAAACACGAGUGCCAGGACUGUGGGUUGACAUACGACAAAUAUAGAAGCUUAAUAGUGCACAGAAAACGGAAGCAUAUGAACAGUAAGAAACCAGUGGUGAAUCAAUGGUACAAUUGUCCCUUCUGUCCCAAAGUGUUUGGUAAGAGGGAGACAUAUUCGAGACAUGUGCAGAGGAAGCACAAAUUGUCAGAAGAUGGACAGGUUAAAAGCGAAGAACCCUCGAAUUUAGUGAGCUACAGGAACGAGGAGACGGGCGAAAUCACGUGUACAGAAUGCCCUCUGGUGUUUGCUUCCAUGAAUUUCCUGAAACUCCACAUGAGGCGAAAGCACAAUGCUCUAAAAGAAGACUUCAGAUUGAAGUGUAAAAUCUGUAAUUUGUCAUACGAUAAGAUAGAGAGCCUCAAAAGGCAUAUAAGGAGAAAGCAUGAUAACGAUUCCUACUGCGAAGUGUGCAAUAAACAAUUCGAAUCGAAAGAGAUGUAUUUAAACCAUACCCACGUAAAAGUAAUUAAAGAGUGCACCGUUUGUGGUUUGAUCUUCGCAUCGCAAGGUGGCCUAGCAAAGCACAUGAGGUGUACGCACAAAGUCGACUCGCCCAAAGUCACUUUUUGCCAUUUAUGCAACAAAGGUUUCCACGACAAACGGCAGUUGAAACCUCAUUUGAUGAAAGUGCACUAUAAAGUUUCGUACACCUGUAAAUAUUGUCUGAAAACAUUUAAAGCUAAGGAGAGUUACAGGAGGCACAUUCUGUUCAAACAUCCCAUGGAAAAUCAUUUCGUCGACCAAAUGCAGCAGUGCGAUCAAUGCUCCGAGAAAUUCUCCGAUGAGUUAGAGUUGUGUAAGCAUAUAAAUACAGCGCACUCAGAGAUAUUGCCUGACGCUAAGCUGCCGUUUGUGACGGUCAAAAAGGAGGAAGAAGCGAAAGACAUUUAUCAGUGCACCAAAUGCACAGACAUUUACUCCUCUUUUGAGCAAAUGAAGGCUCACUACGAACAAGUCCACCACUUUGGCCAAGAGACUCAGUGCCAGAUAUGCGGUGAAAUCAUGCCCGGGAACCAAGUACAGAAGCAUAUCAAAACCGUGCACACCGUUACAGUGCACGAUUGUAAAUAUUGCGAAUUUAAAACUUCCAACAAAUCAAGUAUGACCCAACAUAUGUUGAGACAUAAGAACGCUACCACCUUACACUGCGACUUCCCGGGGUGUAAAUACAAGAGUUACUACGAUAUUCCAAUGCAGAAACACAAGCAAAAGCACCAGGAAUUGGGUUUGAAAUUGCAAUGUUCCAAAUGUCCUUUCCAAACGAUGAGUAAGUACAUAUUGAGGUACCACGAGGAAGCACAUGCGACCGGCAAGAAAAGAUACAAAUGUGACCAAUGCGAUUACUCUACAAUCUUGCCAGCAAACUUAAUGCAACACAAGUAUAAACAUUCUUCAGAGAAAAAGUUCAAAUGUGAAGUUUGCCCGUUCGCUACUAAGUACAACACUUCUUUAAGGUUUCACGUUAAAAAAAAGCACUGUGAUCUACCAAGUUUCCAAUAGGUGAAUGUUAUAGUUAUUUUUUCUUUAUUUUUCAAAU